GCCGAAAAAGAUCCAUUGUUCGACAUGCCGGAUAGAACUUAUUUAAAUGCAGAUGCCGUUCACUGAGAGAAUCACUCUGAUUGCUGUCGCUGUGCUAUAUACACGUCUGCUGCCUGCUCGCUUAACCCAAUACUCAAAACCUUAAGCCAAAAUGUGUGACGAAGAGGCAUCAGCUCUGGUUGUGGACAAUGGAUCCGGCAUGUGCAAGGCUGGCUUUGCUGGCGACGAUGCGCCACGCGCUGUCUUCCCAUCCAUUGUGGGCCGUCCACGUCACCAGGGUGUGAUGGUCGGCAUGGGUCAGAAGGAUUGCUAUGUGGGUGAUGAGGCGCAGAGCAAGCGUGGUAUUCUCUCCUUGAAAUAUCCCAUCGAGCAUGGCAUCAUCACCAACUGGGAUGAUAUGGAGAAGGUCUGGCAUCACACCUUCUACAAUGAGCUGCGCGUUGCCCCCGAGGAGCAUCCCGUCCUGCUCACUGAGGCCCCACUGAACCCCAAGGCCAAUCGCGAGAAGAUGACACAGAUCAUGUUCGAGACCUUCAACUCGCCAGCCAUGUAUGUGGCCAUCCAGGCUGUGCUCUCCCUGUACGCCUCCGGUCGUACCACGGGUAUUGUCUUGGACUCUGGUGAUGGUGUCUCGCACACUGUGCCCAUCUAUGAAGGUUAUGCCCUGCCCCAUGCCAUUCUGCGUCUGGAUCUGGCUGGUCGCGAUUUGACCGACUAUCUGAUGAAGAUCCUCACCGAGCGUGGUUACUCUUUCACCACCACCGCUGAGCGUGAAAUUGUGCGCGACAUCAAGGAGAAGUUGUGCUAUGUUGCUCUCGACUUUGAGCAGGAAAUGGCCACAGCUGCUGCCUCCACCUCUUUGGAGAAGUCUUACGAGUUGCCCGAUGGCCAGGUCAUCACCAUUGGCAACGAGCGUUUCCGCACACCCGAGGCUCUUUUCCAGCCCUCGUUCUUGGGCAUGGAAUCGUGCGGUAUUCACGAGACUGUCUACCAGUCGAUCAUGAAGUGCGAUGUGGACAUCCGCAAGGAUCUGUAUGCCAACAAUGUGCUGUCUGGUGGUACCACCAUGUAUCCAGGUAUUGCUGAUCGUAUGCAGAAGGAAAUCACUGCCCUGGCCCCAUCGACAAUCAAGAUCAAGAUCAUUGCCCCACCAGAGCGUAAAUACUCCGUCUGGAUCGGUGGUUCCAUUCUGGCCUCUCUGUCCACCUUCCAGCAGAUGUGGAUCUCCAAGCAGGAGUACGAUGAAUCCGGUCCCGGCAUCGUGCACCGCAAGUGCUUCUAAGCAAUCAAACAACAAACGAAACAACAACAGCAGCAAAAACAACAACUACAACGAGAACAACCAGAAAACGACGCAGAACAACAACAAGUGGCGUUUAUAUAUAGCCUAUAUGAGAAGAUCUUAUACGCAUAUCUUAUAUCUGACAUUGGGUAUAUGUUUAGCAAUAGGCAGGCGAG